CAAUGAAAGGAUUCUAUUUUGCGAAGCUGUAUUAUGAAGCUAAAGAAUAUGAUCUUGCUAAAAAAUACAUAUCUACAUAUAUUAAUGUGCAAGAGAGGGAUCCCAAAGCACACAGAUUUCUGGGUCUUCUUUAUGAAAUGGAGGAAAAUACAGAUAAAGCUAUUGAAUGUUACAAGCGUUCAGUGGAGUUAAAUCCAACACAAAAAGAUCUUGUGUUGAAGAUUGCAGAAUUGCUUUGUAAAAAUGAUGUUACUGAUGGAAGAACAAAGUAUUGGGUUGAAAGAGCAGCUAAACUUUUCCCAGGAAGUCCUGCAAUUUAUAAACUAAAGGAACAACUUUUAGAUUGUGAAGGUGAAGAUGGAUGGAAUAAACUUUUUGACUUGAUUCAAUCAGAACUUUAUGCAAGGCCUGAUGAUGUCCAUGUGAACAUCCGACUGGUAGAGUUAUAUCGCUCAAAUAAAAGGUUGAAGGAUGCUGUGGACCACUGCCAUGAGGCAGAGAAGAACAUAGCUUUGCGUUCAAGUUUAGAAUGGAAUUCGUGUGUUGUACAGACUCUUAAGGAAUAUCUAGAAUCUUCGCAGUGUUUGGAGUCUGAUAAAAGUAACUGGCAAGCAACCACUAGUGACUUACUUCUGGCCUAUGCUAAUCUCAUGCUUCUUACACUUUCCAUUAGAGAUGUUCAGGAAAGUAGAGAACUACUGGAAAGUUUUGAUAGUGCUCUUCAGUCUGUGAAAUCUUCUGUUGGUGGAAAUGAUGAACUGUCAGCUACUUUCUUAGAAAUGAAAGGACACUUCUACAUGCAUGCUGGUUCUCUGCUUUUGAAGAUGGGUCAGCAUAGUGAUAUACAAUGGCGAGCUCUCUCUGAGCUGGCUGCAUUGUGCUAUCUCAUAGCAUUUCAGGUUCCAAGACCAAAGAUUAAGUUAAAAGGAGAAACUGGAUAUAAUCUGCUGGAAAUGAUGGCCUAUGAUCGUCUCAGCCAAUCAGGGCACAUGUUGCUAAACUUAAGUCAUGGAAAGCAAGAUUUUUUAGAAGAGGUUGUGGAGUCUUUAGCCAAUGAAAGUGGGCAAUCUGCUUUAUAUGAUGCUCUGUUUUCUAGUCAGUCACCUAAGGAUAGCUCUUUUCUUGGUAGCGAUGAUAUUGGAAACACUGAUGUACAAGCACCAGAGCCUGAUGAUUUGGCUAGAUAUGAUAUUGGUGCCAUUCGAGCACAUAAUGGUAGUCUUCAGCAUCUUACCUGGCUUGGCUUGCAGUGGAAUUCAUUGCCUUCCUUACCUGCAAUUCGGAAAUGGCUAAAACAGCUUUUUCAUCACUUGCCCCAGGAAACCUCAAGGCUUGAAACAAACGCACCUGAGUCAAUAUGUAUUUUAGAUCUUGAAGUAUUUCUACUUGGAGUAAUAUAUACCAGCCACUUACAGUUAAAGGAGAAGUGUAAUUCUCACUACAACUUUUAUGAGCCACUAUGCUUGCCACUUCCUGUGUGUAAACAGCUUUGUACAGAAAGACAGAAGUCUUGGUGGGAUGCAGUCUGUAAUCUAAUUCACAGAAAGGCAAUACCUGGAACCUCAGCAAAAUUGCGACUUCUAGUUCAGCAUGAAAUAAACACACUAAGGGCCCAGGAAAAACAUGGGCUUCAACCCUCCCUGCUUGUACAUUGGGCAAAAUGCCUUCAGAAGACGGGCAGCGAUCUUAAUUCUUUUUAUGAUCAACGUGAAUACAUAAGCAGAAGUGUUCAUUAUUGGAAGAAAGUUUUACCAUUGUUGAAGAUAAUAAAAAAGAAGAGCAGUAUUCCUGAGCCUGUUGAUCCUCUGUUUAAGCAUUUUCAUAGUGUAGACAUUCAGGCAUCUGAAAUUGGUGAAUAUGAAGAAGAUGCCCACAUAACUUUUGCUUUAUUGGAUGCAGUUAAUGGGAAUUUAGAAGAUGCUAUGACUGCUUUUGAAUCUAUAAAAAACGUUGUUUCUUACUGGAAUCUUGCACUGAUUUUUCACAGGAAGGCAGAAGACAUUGAAAAUGAUGCCCUUUCUCCUGAAGAACAAGAGGAAUGUAAAAAUUAUCUGAGAAAGACCAGGGACUACCUAAUAAAGAUUUUAGAUGACUGUGAUUCAGACCUUUCAGUGGUGAAGAAAUUGCCUGUGCCCCUGGAGUCUGUAAAAGAGAUGUUUAAUUCAGUCAUUCAGGAACUUGAAGAUUAUACUGAUGGAGGUUCUCUUUAUAAAAAUGGUUCUUUGCGAAAUGCAGAUUCAGACAUAAAACAUUCUACACCGUCUCCCACCAAAUAUUCACUAUCACCAAGUAAAAGCUACAAGUAUUCUCCCAAAACACCACCUCGAUGGGCAGAAGAUCAGAAUUCUUUACUGAAAAUGAUUUGCCAACAAGUAGAGGCCAUUAAGAAAGAAAUGCAGGAAUUGAAGCUAAGUAGCAGUAACUCGGCAUCCCCUCACCGUUGGCCUACAGAGAAUUAUGGACCAGACUCAGUGCCUGAGGGCUAUCAGGGAUCACAGACUUUUCAUGGAGCGCCACUAACAGUUGCAACUACUGGCCCUUCAGUAUAUUAUAGUCAGUCACCAGCAUAUAAUUCCCAGUAUCUUCUCAGACCAGCAGCUAAUGUUACUCCCACAAAGGGUCCAGUUUAUGGCAUGAAUAGACUUCCACCCCAGCAGCAUAUUUACGCCUAUCCCCAACAGAUGCACACACCACCAGUGCAAAGCUCAUCUGCUUGUAUGUUCUCUCAGGAGAUGUAUGGCCCUCAUGCGCUGCGUUUCGAGUCUCCUGCAACAGGAAUUCUAUCACCCAGGGGUGAUGACUACUUCAGUUACAAUGCUCAGCAGACAAGCACAAAUCCACCUUUGCCAGAACCAGGAUAUUUCACAAAACCUUCAGUUGCAGCUCACGCUUCCAGAUCUGGAGAAUCUAAGGUGAUAGAAUUUGGGAAAGCGAAUUUUGUUCAACCGGGUGAUGGAAUAAGGCCAUCUUUAACAGCACCAGCGCAUACAACACAGUCAGCUCCUUUUAAAUUUAACUCGAAUUUCAAAUCAAAUGAUGGCGACUUCACAUUUUCAUCACCACAGGCUGUGACGCAGCCCCCUUCUACUGCCUUCAGUAACAGCGAAAGCCUCUUAGGUCUCUUGACUUCAGAUAAGCCUUUGCAAGGAGAUGGCUACGGUGGCCCCAAACCAGUUUCUGGUCCAACCAUUGGGCCUCGAAACGCAUUCAAUUUUGGAAGCAAAAAUGUGUCUGGGGUUUCACUUACGGAAAAUGUGGGGCCAAACCACCAAAGGAAUUCUGGCUUUCGUCGCAAUGAUGAAGCAUUUACUUUCCAUGGUCCAGGGAGGUCACUGCUUGGAGCACCGGCUCCUGAGCUGGCAACCGAGCGUCACGAAGCCGACGGCGGAGGGGCCCGUGGGGAGGAUGACGAUGACGGCCCGCACUUCGAGCCUGUGGUGCCUCUUCCGGAUAAGAUCGAGGUGAAAACGGGCGAGGAGGACGAAGAAGGGCUCUUCUGCAACCGGGCCAAGUUGUUCCGUUUUGAUGGAGAAUCCAAAGAGUGGAAGGAACGCGGCAUUGGCAACGUGAAAAUACUAAGGCACAAGACGUCUGGCAAAAUUCGCCUUCUCAUGAGACGGGAGCAAGUGUUAAAAAUUUGUGCGAAUCAUUACAUCAGCCCUGACAUGAAGCUGACACCAAAUGCUGGAUCAGACAGGUCUUUUGUAUGGCAUGCCCUUGACUAUGCAGACGAAUUGCCAAAACCAGAACAACUUGCUAUUAGGUUCAAAACUCCUGAGGAAGCAACACUUUUUAAGUGCAAGUUUGAGGAGGCUCAGAGCAUUUUAAAAACCUCAGCCACAAAUAUAGCCACAGCACCAAAUCAGAGUAUCAGAAUUGUAAAAGAACCCACGAGUCAUGACAACAAGGAUAUUUGCAAAUCUGAUGCCGGAAAUGUGAAUUUUGAAUUUCAAGUUGCAAAGAAAGAAGGGUCUUGGUGGCAUUGUAAUAGCUGCUCCUUAAAGAAUGCUGCAACUGUUAAGAAAUGCGUGUCAUGCCAAAAUCUAAACCCAAGCAGUAAAGAACUCGUUGGCCCACCACUAGUUGAGACUGUUUUUGUUCCUAAAACUGGCCCAGAAAAUGUUCAAGACCGAUUUGCAUUGAUGACUCCAAAGAAAGAAGGUCACUGGGAUUGUAGUGUCUGUUUAGUAAGAAAUGAACCUGCUGUAUCUAGAUGCAUUGCGUGCCAGAAUACAAAAUCUGCUAACAAAAGUGGAUCGUCAUUUGUACAUCAAGCUUCCUUUAAACUUGGCCAGGGAGAUCUUCCUAAAUCUGUUAACAGUGAUUUUAGAUCUGUUUUUCCUACAAAGGAAGGACAGUGGGAUUGUGGUGUAUGCUCAUUACAAAAUGAGGCCAGUGCUACAAAGUGUGCUGCUUGUCAGAAUCCGAGAAAACAGAGUCUGCCUACUACUUCUGUUCCGGCACCUGCCUCUUUUAAGUUUGGUACUUCAGAGAUGAGUAAAACUCCGAAGAGUGGAUUUGGGGACAUGUUUGCUAGAAAGGAAGGGCAGUGGGACUGCAGCUCAUGCUUAGUGCGAAACGAAGCCAGCGCUACAAAAUGUGUGGCUUGUCAGAAUCCAGCUAAACCAAGUCCAUCUACUUGUGCUGUUCCAGCCCCUACCUCUUUCAAGUUUGGUACUUCAGAGACAAGCAGGGCUCCCAAGAGUGGGUUUGAGGGAAUGUUCACCAAGGGGGAAGGACAGUGGGAUUGCAGUGUGUGCUUGGAAAGAAAUGAAGCCAGCGCUACCAGAUGUAUUGCCUGUCAGAAUCCAAGUAAACAGAACGAACCUACUUCUGCUGUUCCAACACCUGCCUCUUCAGAGACAAGCAAGACUCCCAAGAGUGGGUUUGAGGGAAUGUUUGCCAAGAAGGAAGGACAAUGGGACUGUAGUGUUUGCUUUGUACAAAAUGAGAGUUCUUCCUUAAAAUGUGUGGCUUGUUCUGCCUCUAAACCCACUCAUAAGCCUAUUGCAGAUGCACCUUCAGCGUUCACAUUGGGCUCAAAGAUGAAGUUAAAUGACUCUUCUGGAAGUCAGGUGGGAACAGGAUUUAAAAGUAACUUUUCAGAAAAAGCUUUUACCUUUGGCAUUACAGAGCAAGGAUUUAAGUUUGGGCAUGUGGAUCAAGAAAAUACACCUUCAUUUACAUUUCAGAGUUCUUCUAAUACAGAAUCAAAGUCCACAAAAGACAGAUUUUCCUUCCCUGUGUCUGCUGAUGGAUUUAAAUUUGGUAUUCAGGAACCAGGAAAUCAAGAAAAGAAGAGUGGACAGCACUCUGAAAAUGACACUGGUUUCCAGGCUCAGGAUGCUAGUAGUCAGAAGAAUGGUAGUGGUGUGAUUUUUGGUCAGACAAGUAGCACUUUUACAUUUGCAGACCUUGCAAAAUCAACUUCAGGAGAAGGAUUUCAGUUUGGCAAAAAAGAUCCUCAUUUCAAGGGGUUUUCAGGUGCUGGAGAAAAAUUGUUCUCAUCACAAAGUGCCAAAGUGGCUGAUAAAGCCAACACUUCGGCUGACUUUGAGAAAGAUGAUGAUGCCUACAAGACUGAGGACAGCGAUGACAUCCAUUUUGAACCAGUAGUUCAGAUGCCUGAAAAAGUAGAGCUUGUAACAGGAGAAGAAGAUGAAAAGGUGCUGUAUUCGCAGCGGGUAAAAUUAUUUAGAUUUGAUGCUGAGAUAAGUCAAUGGAAAGAACGGGGCUUGGGGAAUUUGAAAAUUCUCAAAAAUGAGGUCAACGGCAAAUUAAGAAUGCUGAUGCGAAGAGAACAAGUACUAAAAGUGUGUGCUAAUCAUUGGAUAACAACUACGAUGAACCUGAAGCCUCUCUCUGGAUCAGACAGAGCAUGGAUGUGGUUAGCUAGUGAUUUCUCUGAUGGCGAUGCCAAACUAGAGCAGCUGGCAGCAAAAUUUAAAACACCAGAGCUGGCUGAAGAAUUCAAGCAGAAAUUUGAGGAAUGUCAGCGGCUUCUGUUAGAUAUACCUCUUCAAACUCCUCAUAAGCUUGUGGAUACUGGCAGAGCUGCCAAGUUAAUACAGAGAGCUGAAGAGAUGAAGAGUGGGCUGAAAGACUUCAAAACAUUUUUGACAAAUGAUCAAACAAAAGUCACUGAGGAAGAGACUCAGAAUUCAGGUACAGGUGCGGCCAGUGCUUCAGACACAACAGUCAAGCCAAAUCCCGAAAACACUGGGUCCAAGUUGGAAUGGGACAGCUAUGACUUAAGGGAAGAUGCUUUGGAAAGUAGUGUUAGUAGCAGCUCAGUACAUGCUUCUCCACUGGCAAGCAGCCCCGUGAGAAAAAAUCUCUUUCGCUUUGGUGAGUCAACAACAGGAUUUAAUUUCAGUUUUAAAUCUGCUCUGAGUCCGUCUAAGUCUCCCACCAAGUUGAAUCAGAGUGGGACUUCAGUUGGUACUGAUGAAGAGUCUGAUGUUACACAAGAGGAAGAGAGAGAUGGACAGUACUUUGAACCUGUUGUACCUUUACCCGAUCUGGUUGAAGUAUCCAGUGGUGAGGAAAAUGAACAAGUUGUUUUUAGUCAUAGGGCAAAACUCUACAGAUAUGAUAAAGAUGUUGGUCAAUGGAAAGAAAGGGGCAUUGGCGAUAUAAAGAUUUUGCAGAAUUACGAUAAUAAGCAAGUUCGUAUAGUGAUGAGAAGGGACCAGGUAUUAAAACUCUGUGCCAAUCACAGAAUAACUCCAGACAUGACUUUGCAAAAUAUGAAAGGAACAGAAAGAGUGUGGGUGUGGACUGCAUGUGAUUUUGCAGAUGGAGAAAGAAAAGUAGAACAUUUAGCUGUUCGUUUUAAACUACAGGAUGUUGCAGACUCGUUUAAAAAAAUUUUUGAUGAAGCAAAAACAGCCCAAGAGAGAGAUUCUCUGAUAACACCUCAUGUUUCUCGUUCAAGCACUCCCAGAGAGUCACCAUGUGGCAAAAUUGCAGUGGCUGUACUGGAGGAAACCACAAGAGAGAGGACAGAUUUAAUUCAGAGUGAUGAUGUAGCAGAUACAACUUCAGAAGUUGGAGAAGUGUCUAGCACAUCUGAAACAGCAACAAAAGCAGUGGUUUCUCCUCCAAAGUUUGUAUUUGGUUCAGAGUCUGUUAAAAGCAUUUUUAGUAGUGAGAAAUCGAAACCAUUUGCAUUUGGCAACAGUUCAGCCACUGGGUCUUUGUUUGGAUUUAGUUUUAAUGCACCUUUGAAAAGUAACGAUAAUGAAACUAGUUCAGUAGUCCAGAGUGAAUCUGAAGGAAAAGUGGAACCUGACGAAUAUGAACUGUCAAAGAGCUCUGAUAUCAGACCACCUCCGGAUGGCAAAGUCAAAAAUCUCUUUGCUUCCCUGCCAACGGAAGAGUCUUCAAUUAAUCACACUUUUACAACAGCAGACAAGGCAAAAGAAAAGAAUAAACCUGAACAUUCUCCCUCAGAUGACGAUGUUCUCAUUGUAUAUGAACGAACUCCAACUGCUGAGCAAAAAGCCCUUGCAAACAAACUUCAACUUCCUCCAACUUUCUUCUGCUAUAAGAAUAGACCAGAUUACAUUAGUGAAGAAGAGGAGGAUGAUGAAGAUUUCGAAACAGCUGUGAAGAAACUUAAUGGAAAGCUGUAUCUGGAUGACUCAGAAAAAUGUAGGCCAGUGGAAGAAAAUCUGGCAGAUCAUGAGAAAGAAUGUGUUAUUGUUUGGGAAAAGAAGCCAACAGAUGAAGAGAAGGCAAAAGCAGAUACGUUAAAACUGCCGCCUACAUUUUUUUGUGGAGUCUGCAGUGAUACUGAUGAAGACAAUGGAAAUGGAGAAGACUUUCAGUCAGAGCUUCAAAAAGUUCAGGAAGCUCAAAAGUCUCAGAGCGAGGAAAUAACUAGCACCGCUGGCAGUAUGGAUACAGGCCGGACUGAAGCGACAUCACCUUUCUUAAACAAAUCAGAAGAACCCGAUUCUACUGCCGAAUCUGUUCGUUCACCACCUGUUUCCUCUGGAGUGGCAGACAUACCUGUGGAUUUGUCUACUAGAAAGGAAAUUGAUGCAGAUUCUACAAGCCAAGUGGAAAGCAAAACAGUCACAUUUGGAUUUGGAAGUAGCACAGGGCUGUCAUUUGCCGACUUGGCUUCCAGUAAUUCUGGGGAUUUUGCUUUUGGUUCUAAAGACACAAAUUUCCAGUGGGCAAAUACUGGAGCAACUGUGUUCGGAACACCGCCGACCAGUAAAGUUGGCGAGGAUGAAGAUGCUAGUGAUGAAGAAGUAGUUCAUGAUGAAGACAUCCAUUUCGAACCAAUAGUGUCAUUACCAGAGGUAGAAGUAAAAUCUGGAGAAGAAGAUGAAGAAAUUUUGUUUAAAGAGAGAGCCAAACUUUAUAGAUGGGAUCGGGAUGUCAGUCAGUGGAAGGAGCGUGGUGUUGGAGAUAUAAAGAUUCUUUGGCAUACAAUGAAGAGUUACUAUCGAAUCCUAAUGAGAAGAGACCAGGUCUUGAAAGUGUGUGCAAACCAUGUUAUUACCAAAACAAUGGAAUUAAAACCUCUGAAUGUGUCGAAUAACGCUUUAGUUUGGACUGCCUCAGAUUAUGCUGAUGGAGAAGCAAAAGUGGAACAGCUCGCAGUGAGAUUUAAAACUAAAGAAGUGGCUGAUUGUUUUAAGAAAAAAUUUGAAGAAUGUCAGCAGAAUUUAUUGAAACUCCAGAAAGGACAUGUAUCACUGGCAGCAGAAUUAUCAAAGGAUACCAACCCUCUGGUAUUUUUUGAUGUUUGUGCAGACGGUGAACCUCUAGGACGGAUAACUAUGGAAUUAUUUUCAAACAUUGUUCCUCAAACUGCUGAGAAUUUCAGAGCACUUUGUACUGGGGAGAAGGGCUUUGGUUUCAAGAACUCAAUUUUUCACAGAGUAAUUCCAGAUUUUGUUUGCCAAGGGGGAGAUAUCACCAAACAUGAUGGGACAGGAGGACAGUCCAUUUAUGGAGACAAAUUUGAAGAUGAAAAUUUUAACGUGAAACAUACUGGUCCUGGCUUACUCUCCAUGGCCAAUCGAGGCCGGGAUACCAAUAAUUCUCAAUUCUUUAUAACACUGAAAAAAGCAGAACAUUUGGACUUUAAGCAUGUAGUAUUUGGGUUUGUUAAGGAUGGCAUGGAUACUGUGAAAAAGAUUGAAUCAUUUGGUUCUCCUAAAGGAUCUGUUAGUCGAAGAAUAAGUAUCACAGAAUGUGGACAGAUAUAAAAUCAUUGUUUUUUUCAUAGUAAAUUUUAUCUAUAUAAGCAGUUGAAUUGAAGCUUAGCCAUUAAAGACAAUAUGGUAAUUAUGUUCAGCUUUUGAAAAUGGACGUUUCCAAUGUAUAAAUGUAAAAUUGCAGCUUAUAGCUGUUGUCACUUUUUAAUGUGUUAUAAUUGACCUUGCAUGGUGUGAAAUAAAAGUUUAAACACUGGUGUAUUUCAGGUGUACUUGUGUUUAUGUACUCCUGACAUAUUUGUAUUAAAAUGAAAUAAUACUAAUCUUGUUAAAAGCAAUAGACCUUCUCAAACUAUUGAAGGAAUAUGAUAUAUGCAAUUCAAGUUUAAUUCCAUUUAAGAUGUCUGGACUUCCUGCAUGGUAUACUUGCUCUUUGAAUAAAGGGACCACACCUUGGAUAAUUUUAUUUUAGAUUUGAAAUAUAUUUGGUAAUCUUAAUUAUUGGUGUGCUUGUUUUUGCAUAGAGACUCAGUUAUGAGUGGGUAGAGCCACAGAAGGAAUAGUAACCAAAGUGCUCUUCUGUACCCUUGACACCUCCUGUGUAGUGACCAGUUACCUUUUAAAUAGAGUACCUUCCUUUCUUAAAAUGUUGCUUCCUGUGCCCUCCAGAGAUUUUAAGUUGAUGUUUGCAUUUUAAACAAAUUGACUGUCUCCUUAGGGUUUUGCUUUUCUUUUUAAAUUUGACUUUUCUGUCAUCUGUCUCUACUACCUCAGAAGCUGCAGCUUGGUUCUGAUGACAGAAAUUGAAUUUUUUCUUGCAGUUAAUGUUAUAAAGUAUGAAUGUUUUUAGAAGGUCUAUACCAUGUUCUUUGGUUAAAGAUUUGCUUUAUACUAGAUUGUUGCAGUAAAUUUUCUGGUAAAUUUUGUAGCAGAAAUAAAGUAAUAAUUCAUAAGA